UUUUAGUAUAAAAGCUUAAUCCUGUACAAGGCGAAGUUAUUCACGGUUCAGCAAAGAUGCCGGGAAUUAUUUGUUUGAUACUACUAAGUCUACUGAGUAAGGGUACACUUGGUGAGUUUAUCCUGCCCAGUAUAAAUAUUGAUGAUGUAUCCUAUGAGAGCUGUGGAUAUUGUGAUGAAAGAAGUGACAGGGCUGGCUCACGAACUACUGCAACCUCUUUGAGGGAGUUUAUGACUAGAAACUUCAUUAAAAUCGCUGUCGAUAGUGGAGAUGUUGCAGUCUAUGAGAAUCUUCCAAAUGAAGAAAUAGAUACUGGACACAGCUGUAGAACUACAGCUCAAGCACAAAAUGUGAUGGCAAGAGCACGAAUGAUACCAGGAACAGUAGAUCUGGGUCCUACAGGGGUUCUAUAUAUUGAUGAAAUACAGAAUUCUAUUGCAAUUGCAGAAGUAGAACAUAUGCUUAGUGUGGACUUAGACGUCAGGGUUUGGGGAGGAACCAAAAUAUUUGGCAAAUGCCACAAGUAUGCCCGGAAAACAUGUUCCACCAAUGGUUAUUCAACUGGUAGAAACAAGCUCGUAGCAAACUUUGCUGCAAGCAAUGUCCUCUUGGAAUGUAUUUCUGGACAAAUGCACCUAACAUUCAACAUGGAUGUGAAAGUGUACAAUGAGGUUCAAGAUUCAACAUAUUCUCCUGUCCAAGUAGAUAAACAAAAUAAUUGCGAUUUGAACAUUUUGGGAAUUAAGAUCGGUUCUAUUAAUGGAAUGAUUCAACGCUACGCCAACAAAUAUGUUCAAGCUGGGAACAAAUUUUCUGAACUGCGAGGACCUAAACUAGUUGCUGAACUAGAGAAUAAGCUAGGAGUUCAACUAGGUUCAACUGUAUCGGUUAAGCUGAACCAUCCAGAUGGAACUCCUAGACUCUGCUCUGCUGGGAGAAAGAAAAGACAGGCAUCUUGCAAUAGAAAGACUUGUCCUGAAACUUUUACCAGAAUUGGAGAGACUGAGAUGUGUCAGAAGUUUAUGGGCGUUAGCGUUCCUGAUUGUAGUGUAUUCGGAGCCAAUGCAGUUCUGCAUCAAAGAGACAUCGGCUUAAUUAAGAUUUAUUGGUGUUGGACUCCUAGAGUCUAACUCUUCAACUUCUUAAAUCAUGCAAGAGAAGCUUUCAAAAUUCAUUGAUGCAUUUAAUUUAUUGGACUUUUUAAUGAGCUAAAACCAUGUUUGUUAAAAUUUUCGUAAAUAUACUUAUUGAAUUGGUUUCA